AUGCCCACAAACGGAAUUAACAAUGCCCUGAAGCUGCAGUUUGGCCUCAUCAACCAUGAGAACCGCUACCUGACGGCCGAGGCCUUCGGCUUCAAGGUGAACGCCUCGGCCACCAGCAUGAAGAAGAAACAGAUCUGGACCUUGGAGCAGAACGACCAGGACGGACAGGUGGUGUUCCUCCGCAGCCAUCUGGGGCGAUACCUGGCCUCUGACAAGGACGGGAAGGUCAUCUGCGGAGCAGAGAAGCCCGACUCUGACUGCCGCUUCCUCAUUGUGCCCCAGUCGGACGGCCGCUGGGCCCUCCAGUCAGAGCCUUACCUGCGCUACUUUGGAGGCUCCGCCGACUACCUAUCCUGCUUCUCCCAAGCCAUCGGGGAGCCGGAGUUGUGGGCCGUCCACUUGGCCCUCCACCCGCAGGCCAGCCUGCUCAGCGUGGCACGAAAGCGCUAUGCCCACCUGUCCGCCUCGGAUGGCGAGAUCUCGGUGGACAGCAACAUUCCCUGGGGAGUGGACUCCCUGGUCACCCUGGUCUACACGGAGGGCAAGUAUAGUUUGAAGACCUGCGACAGCCGCUUCCUCAACAACGACGGUAAACUGGUGAAGGAGAACGUGGCUACCACCGCCUUCACCCUGGAGCUCAAAUCUGGCAAGCUGGCCUUCAAGGACUGUGAUGGGAGAUACCUGACUCCGAUGGGGCCCACGGGCACGCUGCGCUCUGGCCGCUGCUCCAAGCCUGGAAAGGAUGAGCUGUUUGACCUAGAAGAAAGUCAUCCACAAGUAAUUUUCCAGGCUGCCAACAAAAGAUUUGUCUCUGUCAAGCAAGGAGUUAGCAUUUCAGCCAAUCAGGAUGUGGAGACGGACAUGGAAACCUUCCAGAUGGAGAUAGACAAGGAGAGCAAGAAGUGUAUGUUCAGGACCAAUGGAGGAUCCUACUGGACACUCGUGUCUCAUGGGGAGAUCCAGUCCACCGCCACAGAAGUAGAGACAAACACGAUGUUUGACAUUGAGUGGCAAGACCGAAGGGUGACAUUCAAGGCGAGCAAUGGAAAGUAUGUGUGCACGAAAAAGAAUGGGCAGCUCUCAGCAGUCAGCGAUACAGUGGGUGAGUGCUUUCAGAUACCCAGCUCCCCGGACACAAUACAGAGGUGUAGGCCAGUGCAAAAACUAAAACUAUCAUCACCUUUUGCCCUCUGUUAUUGUGUCGUCAUUACAGGCGUUGAUGAAUUGUUCCUGAUGAAGCUAAUUAACCGGCCCAUGCUGAUUCUCCGGGGGGAAAAUGGCUUCGUGUGCCACCACAAAAACUCAAACACUCUGGACGUCAACCGAUCCGUCUACGACAUUUUCUUAUUGCUCUUCAAUGACGGCGCUUAUCACAUAAAAAGUGUGGGUGGAAAGUUCUGGUACAUCUCCAGCAACGGCCUGGUGUGCUCGGACGGAGAUAAGCCUGAGGACUUUUUCCUGGAGUUCCUGGAACACGGACGGGUCGGCAUCAAGGGCUCCAACGGCAAGUACCUGCGUGGGGACCAGGGGGGCACGUUGAAGGGCGAUGGUGCCGUCGUCGACGUGUCUUCUCUCUGGGAGUACUGA